AAGUAAAUAUAAGCUGCAGAACAUUUAUGUUUUUACCAGUUAUUAAACCCAGUUAAUAAAUUCAAGUAGUUUUUUGUGGUUUAUUGCAGAAAAUGUCUUUACCUGCUCCUUUACGAAAAUUAUUCGAUUAUGUAGAAAAGAAUAAAACAGAGUAUAUAAGUAAUUUAAAAGAAGCAGUGGCAAUUCAAUCUGUGUCAGCAUGGCCAGAAAAAAGAAGCGAAAUUAAAAAAAUGGCAGAAUGGGUAGCAAGUCGUUUAAAAGGACUUGGUGCUGAAAUAGAACUUAGAGAAAUUGGCCAACAAACAUUGUACGAUGGUCGUAAAAUUCCUUUGCCACCUGUUCUUCUAGGAAAGCUUGGAAAUGAUCCAAAGAAGAAGACCGUAUGCUUGUAUGGUCACUUAGAUGUGCAACCUGCUUUAAAGGAGGAUGGAUGGGAUACAGACCCUUUUGUUCUUACAGAAAAAAAUGGAAAACUUUUUGGUAGAGGUUCCACUGAUGAUAAAGGUCCAGUGCUGUGUUGGAUACAUGCCCUACAAGCAUACAAAGCAGUUGGAGAAUCCAUUCCUGUAAACAUACGUUUUGUAUUUGAAGGAAUGGAAGAAUCAGGAAGUGAGGGACUAGAUGAUCUUUUAUUUGCAGAAAAAAACAAUUUCCUUAAGGAUGUUGAUUACGUAUGCAUUUCUGAUAAUUAUUGGCUUGGCACUGAUAAGCCUUGCAUUACUUAUGGACUUCGUGGAAUUUGCUACUUCUACAUUGAAGUUGAAUGCGCUGCCAAGGACUUGCACAGCGGCGUUUUUGGGGGCACAGUGCAUGAGGGAAUGUCUGAUUUAGUUUGGCUCUUGAAUUCUUUGGUGGAUGUGAAUGGUAAAAUAUUAAUUUCCCAUAUUUAUGACGAUGUGGCGCCAUUAAGAGAAAAUGAAAAGGAAAUAUACGAAAAGAUUCACUUUAACAUUAACGAUUAUAAAUCGAGCGUUGGCUGUAAUAAGUUGGCCCAUAAUGAGGACAAAGUGCAGCUGUUAAUGCACAGAUGGAGGUAUCCUAGUUUGUCUAUCCAUGGGGUCGAGGGGGCAUUUUUUGAACCAGGUCAGAAGACUGUAAUUCCUGGAAAAGUGACUGGAAAAUUUUCAAUUCGGAUUGUUCCCGAUCAGGAGCCCCAAAAAAUUGAGAAAUAUGUUGUUGAUUAUCUCAACAGCAUUUGGAAAGAACGGAAAAGCCCUAAUAAAAUGAAGGCUUCUAUGGUACAUGGUGGCCAACCAUGGACUGAAGAUCCCAACCAUCCUCAUUACCAGGCUGGUAUAAAAGCCACCCAACAUGUGUAUAAAGUGGAACCUGAUCUUACAAGAGAAGGAGGUUCAAUUCCUGUCACUUUGACUUUACAACAGGCUACAGGAAAGAAUGUUCUUCUUUUGCCUGUGGGAGCUGGAGAUGACGGUGCUCAUUCACAAAACGAAAAGAUCGACGUCAGAAAUUACCUCGAAGGGGUAACUAUUUACAAAUAUGAUAUAUUUUGGAGAGAAAAUUAAAUUAAACUUUAACAACUUAUUUUUUAUU